UCUUGUCUUUUGCUCGUCUUAUGACCUCCGGCCGGCGAUGGACAUCUGCAGGCUGCCCGUAGAGGUCAUCACUUACAUCUUGAGCUUUCUACCUAUUUCCGACAGAAAAGAGGCAUCCCUGGUUAACCGAACCUGGUAUUUUGCAGCCCAAGACUCUCUGCGACAGGAGAAUGUCCUCUACAACAUCCCAGCUUCCUCCGCUUCCCUCGGCACCAUCCGGGCCUUGGCCGAAAGGCACGUGUGCGACAUCAAGAUGGCAAACCUGGACAGCUCUACCACUUCCCGGGAUGUCAUCCAAUACGUUGCCAAGUACCUGGGGCCCCACCUGCGCAGCCUCUGCCUGAACGGCAGCUGCCUGACCGAAGCCAGCUUCGAGGAGCUCCUCCUGGCUUGUCCCAGCCUCGUGGCCCUGGACCUGAGCGGUUGCAACAGCAUCUUCAUGUCUGGCACCCUGCUCUCCAAAAAAGAGACAUUAUCGCAAGCCCGAGAAACUCUGGCCAAUUUGCGGGAGCUGAACCUGGCCAGCGUGCGGUACUUGUCCGAUCUCACUUUCAACCGCUUGACCAGCUGUUGUCCGCAGCUGGCCAAGCUCGUCCUGGCCCGCUGCCACCUGACCUUUGAGUUCGACAGCUACAGCGGCUCCCGCGACUACAACUCCUCGGCCCUGCUGUCUUUCCGCAACCUCCUGCACUUUCUCGGCCGGCGAGCCGCCAGCGUGAAGCACCUGGACUUGAGCGGCACCAACAUCAACGGCCAGGCGAUGAGGACCCUGGUCCAAGUGGAGAACCUGCAUCUGCAGGAAUUCAUCUUGCAGGCUUGCCAGGAUCUGACCAACGAGGCGGUCAGCACCCUGUGUCAGCACCAGCCACAUCUGACCACACUGGACCUCAGCGGCUGCUCUGAGCUUUCAGACCGGGCUGGCCUGGCCAUCCAUUCCAGGCUUCUAGACCUCCAGCACCUGCGCCUGGGGAAGCUCCCGAGAAUGACCGAUGCUGGUUUCCAGGGUGUGUCACACCUGAAGCACCUCCAGAGCUUGGAUGUGUCUGAAUGCAGCCUGGUGAGCUGCAGUGAGCUUGUGAAAGCUUUUGGCGCGGGCGCAAGACCUCCCAAGCUGAAAUCUUUGAAUGUUGCCUUUUGUUCAUUACUACGGGACAGCACAGUGCUCUCUCUGGCCGAAGCGCUAAGCAAGAACCUUCGGGUUUUGGAUCUGUCGUCUUGCGUGUCGCUUUCUAACCGGAGCAUCCAAGCCAUCGCUUCCAGCCUUUUACUCUUGACUGUCCUCCGCUUGGCCUGGUGUAAAGAACUGACCGACUGGGGCUUGUUGGGGAUCGAGGAGCCCAGAGAGGAGUGUGAAUGCGCCAAAGAGAAAGAUGCCGGGCCAAAAUUCAGCAGGAACUUUGGCAACAUGGGGUUUUUCCUCCCCCCACCCCAGGAUCUGGAGCGGGAUAAAAUGGUGGUCGUUAAUCUCAACCAACAGAAGGCCCAAGAGCAGCGCCAAACCUCUCUGAACACCUUGACCCGCCUGCAAGAGCUGGACCUGACCGCCUGCGGGAAGCUGACGGACAUGAGCAUAGCCAAGGUUAUUAGCUUCCCAGAUCUUCGCUACCUCUCCCUCAGCCUCGUGCCCAACAUCACCGACACCAGCCUCCUUGCCGUUGCGCGCAACUGCCGGAGCUUGGAGCACCUUUCGCUGAGCCACUGCACAAGCCUGACGGACAGAGGCUUCGCCGAGGCAGCCGGAUCCUUGUGCAGGUUGCAGCAUCUCGUUCUUUCUGGCUGCAACCAGCUGACGCCCAGGACCCUGAAGUCCAUUGGUCGGGAGUGCCGGUUGCUGAAGUCCUUAGAUAUCUCCAUGUGCAGCAAGAUCAGCAUGUCCGACGUUGAGCGCUUCCAAUCGCAGCUGCCCCCUCAAAGCCAGACCAGCAUCCACUCCCGGUUUGUGGGCGGAGCGGACCUUUCCAUCACCCUUUGAGGAACCCUUGGGAGUUGUGAGCCAAGGCACCUUGAUUAACCGUUCUCCAUCCCAGCGGGAAGGCAGGAAGCCCUCUGGCCUGGAUGGCCUCAGGCCCACCGGUGGAAAAUGAAUUGCACUCUUACAGCUUCGUGAGCCCCUUCAAGGAAGCAACCCACUUUCCGUGGUAGUUAGGUUCCCAAGAGUGUCUCUCCGAACUGAUUGAGCAAGGCCAGCAAUUUGGACAUUCUGGAAGGAGAAUGGGAGAUAUUGAUUUGCUCCAAGAGUUUGGAACGAGGUAAGUGCUGGGAGUGGUAUCCCAGCAGGACAAAUCUUGUUAUGCAUACCAACUUCGACCUAGCCAGGUAUGGGUACUUUUAUGUCCUUUCUAAAGGCUGUGAAUUCCCACUAUGCAGACAGGAAUAAAUACAUUCUUAGUUGCCAAUCCUUAAAGGUCCCUUUUGUCAAUUGUAGAGGAAACCUGGAUUUGCACCUGCUUUUCAAGUCUGCCCUCCUCACUGACACACCAAAGCAUCCUUCGACUGUUCGGACACAGCGAGAUGUCCCAGUGACUUCUUCUUGCAAACAGGGUGAAAAAGCAACUAUUUCCGAUAGCAUCCAUCUCAUCUCUGUGUACCUGGGGAGAUGUGUGUGUGUGUGUCUGUGUGUGAUAUAAA